CUGGAAAGCGAGUUAGAUGACGCCAACAGAGUGCGGAAGAGACUCGAGAAGGCCCAAGCUGUGUCUCUGUCGCAGCUGCAGCUGCUGCAGCAGCUGCAGCAGCAGCAGGAAAAAGAAGGAGACAAAGAGCAGCAGCAGCAGCAGCAGCUCAACGAGCUCAUAAAGAAAAACGCAGAACUCCAAGACGCCGUCAGAGAGCUCACCGAGAGCAAAGACCAGUUGACGAAGCAGAUGAUGGAAGCGUUUUCUAAAAGUGACACAAGAGCAGCAGAUGCUGCAGAGGACCUGAAGGUGCGUCUGGCAGCAGCAGAGGCGCAGGCUGCUGCGCUGCAGCAGCAGCAGCUGCUGCAGGUGGAUCUGCUGAAGGCCCAAUUUGAAAAGGAGACAGAAGGGGCCCUUAACGCCUUGAAGGAGCAGCUGCAGAUUCGGGACAGAGAGUCCAGCUUCUACAGAAAAGCCAUGAUUGGCUAG